GUGGCGGAUUGGGCCCUGUCUCUGGGCGGGGGGGUCAGGGACGGCUCCAGUGUGAAAUCGCACCGCUCUGGGAGCUGUGGGACCGGGGGGAACCUGCCUCACGCCAGGCCCCCGCUCUGGCAGCCCGGCUUUUCCUCUGCUGGUACAGCUUCUUCGGGAAGAAAGUCUAAGAAUGGGCUCUGAAAGGCAUUUUAUAAAACUACUUACAGGAGCACGUGGAAUGCACUAUUCAAAGAAGCGUUAGAGCAGUUUGACCUAUUACAGAAUUAUGGUCCGACUGACAAUGGACCUGAUUGCUAGAAGCGUCAGUCACAAGAAUCGCAAUGAAGAGGACUUUGGACAGUAUCUGCGAAAAAUAACUCAUCUGAAUUUAUCAGAUAAAAAUAUAGAUGCAAUUGGUGACCUCUCUUUGUGUAAAAAUCUUAGAGUUCUAUAUUUAUAUGAUAACCAGAUCAGUCAAAUCCAGAACUUGGACUUUGCUUCAAAUAUGACGCACCUUUACCUUCAGAACAAUUGUAUUUCGUGUAUGGAAAAUCUCUCAUCGUUGAAAAACCUUGAAAAACUGUUUUUGGGUGGCAACUGCAUCACUGUAGUAGAGGGUUUGGAUAAAGUAGAAAAAAUAAGGGAGCUACAUGUUGAAAGUCAACGUCUCCCUCUUGGUGAAAAGCUUCUGUUUGAUCCAAUAUCUCUUAGGUCCCUGGCAAAAUCUUUGUCUGUGUUGAAUAUCAGCAAUAACAACAUUGAUGAAUUAGAAGAACUGGCAGUUUUGGAAAAUCUUUCUUAUCUUAGAGCAGUUGACAAUCAACUUCAACAUAUUAAGGCUUUGGAGGUUGUAUUAAGCAAAUGGACAAAGCUACGCAGACUGGAUCUUACAGGAAACCCCAUCUGCCACGAACCAAAGUACAGGGACAGGAUUGUAGUACAGUCACGAACUUUAGAAUCCCUUGAUGGGAAAGAAAUUAAAGAAAUGGAAAGACAGUUCCUAAUGAAUUGGAAAGCCUCCAGAGCUGCCAGGAAAAAAAACAAAGAAAGAAUGACAAAUGAACAUGCAGCCUAUCUACAUUUUUCUGACUUUGAAACACCUCAUCGUAUUAUUCCCUUUCACUACAGUCACUCUGUGAAAGAAAAACCAAAUUUUUUAGUUUUGUCUGAGAUGCACAACGUUAAAAGAAAACCUCUGCCAGGAAUCCUGGAAAAAAAUAUAAGCCAGAUGAAAAUUAAGGUUGAGGAGGAAUCUGAAAUAAUGACAGACAGAAGUUGAACUCGGAAAGCCAGCAGUUACAGGAUGUGAAGAUUUGACCAUUAUUGGAUUUUUUUUUUUUUUUUUUCCAUCAAAGCUUACAAAGAAAGGUACUGGAGUCUCUCUGGAUAUGUUAUCUGUGUCUUUGUAAUCUCAAAACCAGGCAAAAUGAAGUCUGUUGAACUUGACACUGCCUUUUAAGAGCACGUAGAAAAAUAAGGGGACUGCCUGUUUAUUUAGAAGCAAGGCUUUAUAUUAAGAGCAUGUAAAAACAUCAGCAUGUGGUAGGCUAAACUGGUUGCCUAAUACUUAAAGUUCCUCAAGAAAGGAGUUGGUUUUAACCAGUGUCUCACCUAGUGUGUGACCUGAAUACCCAAGUAGCUGCUUCUUUCCAUAUAUGAUACUCUUAGCAAUAAUACAAAGGCAUGCUUAUAGUCUCUUACCUCAAGAAGAAAGGAGCUAUUAGCACAUGAUUUUUGAGAAGAUCUGUAGUCCUAAAAAAUAAUUUCCAUUAUUUGGAUUUUUCCAAGUUCUGGUGAAUAAUGUGGAAUAGUUAGGAAAGAAGGCACAAGAAGAUUAAUGAUGCCUGUACUGAUUAAUUUUUGGAUUGGGACUAUUACACAUUAAUUUUACUUCAUAUCUGUUUUAAAUAACUGGGACUUUGGCUGCUUUGCACUAGUUUGAGUAAUUAAAUGAAUGCUCGAAACUUCUGAUAUAGGAAAAUUCCAAGCCUACAGAUACGGAAAGCCCAGACUGUAAAUUGCCCUUGGAAUAAAAAGUUUCCCAGUGGAGUGUCUCUGUAUGAAGGUCAGCUCAGCAUCUUAUGCUUGAGACCUUCUCUGAAAUCAGAAUGUAUUUCUUCCUGAAUAAGGGAAUCAGGAUCUGUCUUUUUGCAUUCAAAGUUUUGUAUAUUUUUUUAUAGUUUAUAUUUUAUUGCCCUUUGAUAAAGAUAAUUCAAAUAAAUUUAACUCCUGCAUGCAUUCUCUCCUUGAAUAACAAGAUCUUUAUCUUUGUUAUACAGAAACAGAUUUCCAAAACUAAGGUAGUAAAUGAGUGGUACUAUAACCCUGAGGUGCCACUUGCUUCUGUUAAAGCUAGUGAAU